CUGAGAUCUACACUCACCUGCUCUGCUCUGGGGCUCCUCGCGUCUCUGAAUGAAUGAGCAGAAGGUCUGUCAUAACCUGAGAGGAUGGCUUCAGGAGCAGUUUGGCGACAGGCCUCUGGAACAGUGUGAGGACAUGAGUCUACAUAAUGCUGCCCAUGUGGGAGAUCUAGACACUCUCAAGACCCUCCUACAAGAAGAGAGCUUCAAACAGAGGAUCAAUGAGAAGUUGAUUUGGUCCUGUGGUUUGCUGCCCUGCACGCCCCUGCGUAUCGCUGCCAUGAUGAGUCACAGCGAGUGUGUGGACUACCUGAUCUCUCAGGGAGCUGCAGUGGACCUGGUGGAUGUGAAGGGUCAGACUGCUCUGUACAUGGCUGUGGUUAAUGGACACCUGGACUGUGUGAAGAUCCUUCUGAAAGCCGGUGCUGAUCCGAAUGGCAGCAUUCAUCACCGGAGCACCCCAAUAUACCACACUGCACAAGUGGGCCGAGUGGAAAUCCUACUAGAGCUGAUCAGAAUACACACAGGUUCAAAGCUGAUACACCGGCUGGACCAGAGGUUUAUGUUCGGCACCCGCACUUUGACAACUCUGGCAGCCUGUCCACUUUUCAUCAGCGCUGCUUACCACCACCUCCCCUGCUUCCGGAUGCUUCUGAAUGCCAGUGCCAACCCAAACUUCAACUACAAUGGCCCCGUGAGCAGGGACGCACUGGUCAGGGGCCGGGCCUUCUGUAUGCUGGAUGCAGUUCUGAAACUUGGAUGUGAACCAGCCUUCGUUAGCUUGCUGCUGGACCACGGCGCUGACCCGUAUCUAGUCCCCUGGGAUGAGCUUGAUCCUGACACCAUGGUUCGCUUAAAAGUCAAUGCUGAAGUCUUUCGCAUCUACCAGGAGGCCAAAAGAAACCCGAGGAGAUUGAUGAACCUGUGCCGCAUUACUAUCCGGAAGAUCAUGGGCAAGAAGCGUCUAGCACAGGGCUCAUGUAUCUCUUCCCUUCCGCUGCCUGAAACCGUCAUAAAUUUUGUUUCACAAGGACUGAUGUACCUCUGCUUCUCCAUGUUGACGGUCGAUGAACUCAAAGGUAUGAGUGGCCACUCGCUCUCCAACACUACUUACAUGGAAACCAAUGACUUCCACAAGACUGGCAGCUGGAAUGGCAAGACUAUAACUUUAGUGUGCUGUGACAUUAAAACCACAUCUUGUUGAAAGCCACAAACUGUAGAAAAAGCAAAGCCUGAGAAAGGCCGGACUCUGCCAACGAAUCACCAGUGGGCUUGUAGAGAACUGCAGUCCCUCUAUCUGCGUCUGGGGGAAAGCGGAUCUGGAAUGAGGCCACUUGGCAACAGCAAAACUCCAAGCGUGGAUGCGUGUCAAGAUGGUGCAUUACAGGCUGCAGCAGGAAGUGAAGGACAGCUAGAGAAGCAGCUGGUCACAGGCCUGGACUGUGCAUGUUCCCCAGGCCUGUGAUCUCAUUCGCACGAUGCUCGUCCCUUGACGUGGCCAAACAGCAUCUGACUUUUCGCUCAUCACUAAAUCAAGCUGAUGAUCAGAGCUGCUUUAUGGGGUACAUCGAGAGCUGAGAGCCAUUCAGUGGACAAAACAACAUUAGAACUGAUGGGGUUCCCAAGGGGUUUUAAAUUGGGGUCUGAAGAAAAGCGAAGGGGGCCCCUCACAACGGGAUGAAAGUAUGAAAAACACCUUGCUGUAUCCCAGUAUAUCAGUAUGCCUGACGUG